CACAGCGGGCGGAGGGCGAGGUUGCUCCGAGCGGAUGCGAACGAGCGGGCGCGCAGUGCCCGAGGAGGCCGCGCCCGGACCAUGAGGCUUCGACUGUGGCUGGUCCCGGCCCUGGUGGUGCUGUGGGGGCCGGGCGGGCUGGAGGCGCUGGGGUACCCGCAGCGCCCGCAGCGCUUCGACACAGUUGAGUCCAUGCUUUCAGACUACGACAUCCUCUCCCUGUCUAGCAUCCAGCAGCACUCACUGAAGAAGAGGGACCUCCAGCCUGAGACACAUGUGGAGAGGCUCUUAAGUUUUUCAGCCCUGCAAAGGCACUUUAAAUUGUACUUAACUGCAACUGCUGAACACUUUUCAGAAAAAUUUCAAGCAUUAAUUGUGGAUGGUGAAGGCAAGGAAAAAGAGUAUCGUGUUCAGUGGCGGGACUUUUUCACCGGACAUGUCGUUGGAGAGCAUAAUUCCAAGGUUGUGGCUCAUAUUGGAGAUGAAGAUUUUACAGUGCGAAUCAAUACUGAUGGAGAAGAAUACAAUAUCGAGCCACUGUGGAGAUUUGUAGGUGAUGUGGAAGAUGAAAGACUGCUGGUCUACAGAUCUGAAGAUAUCAAAGACUUCUCAAGGUUGCAAUCCCCCAAAGUAUGUGGUUAUUUAAAGCUGAGUGAAGAUGAACUGCUGCCAAAAGGACUGGAAGACAGGAAACAAAAUGAAGAAAGCACCCAUCGGAAGACAAGAGCUGUUCCAGAGAACUCCAAAAACACGUGCAAGAUGUUGGUAGUGGCAGACCAUCGUUUCUUCAAGUACAUGGGCCGUGGGGAAGAGAGUACCACUAUCAACUACUUGAUUGAGCUGAUAGACAGAGUAGAUGACAUCUACCGAAACACUUCCUGGGACGAUGGAACCUUCAAUGGGUACGGCAUACAGAUAGAGCAGAUUAUUAUCCACAAUGAGCCAAAUCCUGUAAAACCUGGAGAAAAACAUUAUAAUAUGGCAAGAAGUUACCCAGAUGAUAAGAAAGAUGCCUGGGAUGUGAAAAUGCUGCUAGAGCAAUUUAGCUUUGAUAUUGCAGAGAAAGCAGCUCACGUGUGCCUUGCUCAUCUCUUCACGUACCAAGAUUUUGACAUGGGAACGCUUGGACUGGCUUAUGUUGGCUCUCCCAGACCUAACAGCCAUGGUGGCAUUUGUCCUAAAGCUUAUUACAGUCAAAUUGUAAAGAAGGAUAUCUAUCUGAACAGUGGCUUGACCAGCACCAAGAACUAUGGGAAGACCAUCCUCACAAAGGAGGCUGACCUGGUUACAACACAUGAACUUGGACAUAACUUUGGAGCAGAGCACGAUCCUGACAGUCUGCCAGAGUGUGCGCCCACUGAAGACCAGGGUGGGAAAUAUGUCAUGUAUCCUAUUGCUGUCAGUGGGGAUCAUGAAAACAACAAGAUGUUCUCAAGCUGCAGCAAAAAAUCCAUCCAUAGGACCAUAGAGGUCAAGGCCCAGGAGUGCUUCAAAGAGCGCAACAACAAAGUGUGUGGGAACUCCAGAGUGGAUGAAGGCGAGGAAUGUGACCCUGGCCUCCUGUACCAGCUGGCUGAUCCCUGCUGCUCUGCAGACUGCAAACUGAGAGAGGGUGCCAAGUGCAGUGACCGAAACAGUCCUUGCUGUAAAGGCUGCCAGUUUGAAAGUGCACAAAAGAAAUGCCAGGAAGCCAUAAAUGCCACUUGCAAAGGAGAGUCUUUUUGCACUGGGAACAGCAGCGAGUGUCCCCCCCCGGGGAACGCUCCGGAUGACACCGUGUGCGUGGACAUGGGCAAGUGCAAGGACGGCGAGUGCGUCCCCUUCUGCGAGAGGGAGCGGAACCUGCGCUCGUGCGCCUGCAACGAGACAGAUAACUCCUGCAAGGUGUGCUGCCGGGACGAGCACGACAGGUGCACGCCGUACGUGGAUGCCAACGAGCAGUUCCUGUUCCUGCGCAAGGGCAAGCCGUGCACCGUGGGCUUCUGUGACACAAAUGGCAAAUGCGAGAAGCAAGUCCAGGAUGUGAUUGAGCGGUUUUGGGAUUUCAUAGACCAACUCAGCAUCAAUACUUUUGGGAAGUUCCUAGCAGAUAAUAUAGUGGGCUCUGUGCUUGUCUUCUCCUUACUGUUCUGGAUUCCUCUCAGCAUCCUUGUGCACUGUGUGGACAAGAAAUUGGACAAGCAGUAUGAGGAGAACACAAAGUCCCUGUUUUGCCCCAGUAACGUGGAGAUGCUCAGCAGCCUGGACUCGGCCUCCGUGCGCAUCAUCAAGCCGUUCCCCGCGGCGCCGGCCGCCGGCCGCCACCAGCCGCUGCAGCCGCUGGCGCCCGCGCCCGCCGCGCCCGCGCCGCCCAAGCAGGAGCACCAGCGCAUGGACACCAUCCAGGAGGACCCCAGCACCGACUCGCACGUCGACGAGGACGCCUUCGAGAAGGACCCCUUCCCAAACAGCAGCUCCGCCGCCAAAUCCUUCGAGGACUUGACAGAGCACCCCGUCAUCAGGAGCGAGAAAGCCUCGUCCUUCAAACUGCAGCGCCAGAACCGCGUGGACAGCAAAGAAACGGAGUGCUAG